AUGCAAACACUACAACAAGUCGAUCUUGAGGAAGAUUUCAUCAAUGUUAAUAAGGAAAAUGCAACAAACACAUUCUUCCAAUCUACAACGAAACGAAUAAUCAUAUUUGGUCUGUUCACAUGUUUAAUCAUGUUAAUUGGUAUUCUCAUUGUUUGUUUUACCUCACCAAAACCAUCAAAUGAAACAUGCAAAUAUCUUCUCAAAUCAGAAUCUCAAUAUUUAAUCAAAACUGAUUCUCAACCAACUUCCAUGGCCAUUGGUGAUUUUAAUAAUGAUGGUUUAAAUGAUUUUGUCACUUCAAAUUCUGGUUCAAAUACGAUUCAAAUAUUUCUUGAACAGAACGACAAUUCAAUAACAUAUUCAACUGGUUCGAAUUCCAAACCAAAUUCAAUUACAAUUGCUGAUUUUAAUCAAGAUCAAACAUUGGACAUCGCUGUGGCAAAUUUCGGUACAAAUAAUAUCGGAAUUUUCCUUGGUCAAGGAAAUGGAACAUUUAUCUCUUGGAAAUCAAUUUCUCUUGGAAAAUCUCGUCCACAAUGGAUCUCCAAUGAAGAUUUAAAUAACGAUUCAUUCAUUGAUUUAGUUACAGUGAAUCAUGGAACAGAUGAUAUGACAAUUUUCAUAGGCAAUGGAAAAGGAGAUUUUCAGAAACAUUUGUCUUUAUCAACUGGUUAUGAUUCUUCUCCGCAUUCAUUGAUGAUCAAAGAUCUCAAUAACGAUCAGUAUUUCGAUUUGAUCGUUACGAAUUCUGGAACGAAUCAUAUUGGAAUUUUCUUUGGAAAGGCGAACGGAACAUUUAAUGAUGAAAUAAUGUUAAACACUGGUGUUAAUUCUCAUCCAACUUCAAUUGAUAUCAAUGAUUUAAAUGAUGAUACUUAUUUGGAUAUCGUGACUUGUUCUUCUACAACAAAUUCGAUUUAUGUGUUUCUCAAUUUCGGUAAUGGAACUUUUACGAAUGGAGAAGUUUAUUCAACUGGAAAUUCUUCUUCACCACAAUCUCUGGUGAUUGCUGAUUUUGAUAAAGAUUCGUAUUUGGAUAUCAUUGUUGGAAAUUAUCAAAUUCCAAAUUUAGGUCUUUUCUAUGGAAAUGGAAGGGGAAAAUUCUUGCAACAAAUGAUCUUUUAUACAGAAAAGAGCUGUAAUCCAUAUUUUCUAAUUACAAAUGAUUUUAACUACGAUAGUCGAUUGGAUAUUGCCAUUGUUAAUCAUGAUUAUAAUUGCAUUGAUAUUGUUUUAACAAGUAAAGGUUAUGGUUAUGAAGAUCUGAUGAUUUAUGAAACAAGUGGCGUUAAUUCUCAACCACAUGCGAUAACUCUCGGUGAUUUCAAUAAUGAUAAUUAUUUAGAUAUUGUCGUUGCGAAUUAUUUCACAAAAGAUAUCGGAGUUUUUCUCGGAGAUGAAAAUGGAAAUUUUGAGGAUCAAAAGACAUUUUCAACUGGAAUUGAUUCGGGACCUUGGGCAAUUGUUCAUGGUGAUUUCAAUAAUGAUAGUCGAUUAGAUAUUGUUGUUACGAAUUAUCAAAGAAAUUCGAUCAGUUUAUUAAUGGGUAGUGAAGAAGAAGAAGAAUUUUCCGAUCCACAGAGUUAUUCAACUGGAAAUGGUUCUCUUCCAAUUGCAAUUGCAACUGAUGAUUUGGAUAAUGAUUCUCAAUUAGAUAUCGUUGUUGUUUAUUAUGGAAUGAAUUCAAUUGAAAUCUUUUUUAGUCGUGAUGAUGGUAAUUUGUCUUCUCAAAUGAUUUAUUCAACUGGAAACGAUUCUCGACCAACUGAUGUUGCCAUUGCUGAUCUCAAUAAUGAUCAAAUACUCGAUAUUCUUGUAACUAAUUCGGCUACGAAUAACAUUGGUGUUUUCUUCGGAUAUGAAAAUGGAACUUUUGCUAAUCAAAUUACUUUUUCAACUGGUACAAAUUCAAAUCCAAUAAAACUCAAUUGUGUUGAUUUUAAUGGAGAUCAUUUUCUGGAUAUUUUUGUUUUUAACAAAAAUCUUAAUGAAUUCGUUAUUCUAUUUGGAUCUAAUAAUGGAAGUUUCCUAUUAACAACGGCUUAUUCACUUGGAAAUGAUUCAAAUCCCGAAUCAUUUGCUAUUUCAGACAUAAAUAAUGAUGAACAACUUGAUGUUAUCGUUGCCAAUUCGAAAUCUAAUACAAUUGACAUUCUUCUUGGUCAUGGAAAUGGUGAUUUGACAUUUGAAAGAAGUUAUUCAACAGGAAUUGAUUCUCAACCGAUAUUCGUUGUUAUCAACGAUUUGAAUAACGAUGAUCUCAUGGAUAUUAUCGUUGUAAAUUAUGGUGAAAGCAAUGUCGGUGUUUUGAUUGGUUUUGGAGACGGAAGUUUUGCUUCUCAAAUGACUUAUUCGACUCGAGAUGAGACUUCCAAACCAAAAUCUCUCGCUGUCGGUGAUUUUAAUAACGAUAAUCGAUCAGAUAUCGUUGUUACGAACUUUCAUGGUGAUAAUAUUCAGAUUUUUCUUGGAAAUGACGAAGAGACAUUUUCAUAUAGUUUCACUUAUUCAACAGGAAUUGCUUCUGGACCGUCUUCUGUGGCUGUUGGCGAUUUAAAUAAUGAUAAAUAUUUAGAUAUUGUCGUUGCAAACAAUGGAACGAAUAACAUUGCGAUUUUCUAUGGUUCUGGUGAUGGAAGUUUUUCAUCCAAACGAAUUUAUUCAACUGGUAGAAAUUCUCAACCGAAUUCCGUCGUGAUUGGAGAUUUGAACAAUGAUAAUCAAUUAGAUAUUGUUGUUUCUAAUUGUAAAAAUGACAAUAUUGGUGUUUUUCUCGGCUUUGCUAAUGGAAGUUUUGCUUCUCAAGAGAUUUACUCGACUGGAAUUAGUUCUCGUCCACAAAUGUUGUUCAUUGAGGAUCUCAAUGAUGACACUUAUCUAGAUGUUGCAGUUAUCAGUACAUAUUCGCCUAGUUUGACUAUUUUUCUCAACAAUGGCAAUGGAACAUUGUCGCAACGAAUUGAUCAUGAUAUACGAACCGGUCUUUCUCCUAAUAGUUUAGCCAUUGGUGAUUUAAACAAAGAUGGUCAUCAGGAUCUUGUUGUUACUGCUUAUUAUGGUCGUAAUUUUUAUAUUUUCCAGGGAUUUGGUAAUGGAACAUUUGAAAGUGUGGCAACUUAUUCAACUGGUAGUGGUUCUCGACCAUAUUCAUGCGUGAUAACAGAUUGGAAUCAUGAUAAUAAUCUCGAUAUUAUAGUUAGUAAUUGUGUUACUGACAAUUUAGUAUUGUUUAAAGGAUAUGGUAAUGGAACAUUUUCUUUGGAUCAAAUUUCAUCAACAGGUGACAAUUCAUGUCCAAGAGCAAUUCGAUUUGGAUAUUUUGACUCCGAUGAUCUCAUUGAUAUCGUUGUUGCCAAUUAUGGUACUAAUACUCUCGGUGUUUUCUUCAACAAUAUUUACACAAGUGGCGAACGUCAAACAACAUAUUCAACUGGAUCUUCAUCUCAUCCACGAGGUAUUGUUCUUGCUCAUUUCAAUAAUGAUUUAUAUGCGGAUGUCGCUAUGACAAAUUAUGGAUCGGAUGAUCUUAGUAUUCUCUUAGGAAAUGCCAAUGCCACUUUUCCAUCACGAAUUACAUUUUCCACUGGUAUUUUGUCAGCUCCAACAUCAUUGGCUGUUCAUGAUUUUGAUAAUGAUGGAAAAUUGGAUGUUGUCGUUACCAAUUCUGUUGCUGAAAAUAUACGUCUGUUUUAUGGAUAUGAAAAUGAGAAUUUUACCAAUUCGAAGACAUAUUCAACUGGAAUUGAUUCUUCACCGCAAUCGGUGAUCAUCGGUGAUUUUAAUCUUGAUGAAAAACAGGAUAUUGUCGUUGUUAAUUCUGGUUCGAAUGAUAUAUUAACAUUUCUCCAAUAUGAUUUGAUAGCUUUUCAAAAACAAGUUAUGUAUUCAACAGGCAAAGGUUCGUCUCCAAAUUCAAUAGCAAUCGGUGAUUUAAAUAAUGAUCAUCUAUUGGAUUUUGUUGUUGCUAAUCAAAACAGUAACAGUAUAGGUGUUUUCCUUGGAUUCGGCAAUGGUCUCUUUUCUAAUCAAACAAUCUAUUCGACUACACUUCAAGAAUAUCCAAGAUCGGUUCAUAUUGCCGAUAUUAAUAAAGAUCAAAACAUGGAUGUAAUUGUUACUUAUCUUUGGAGUUCUAAUCUCGCUGUUCUUCUUGGAUUUGGUAAUGGCACAUUAUCCAAUGAAAGAUGUUUUUCAUUUCAAAGUGGUGCAGGACCAACUGAAGCAGCUAUUGGUGACUUUGAUAAUGACAGCCAUUUAGACAUCGUUGUUGCUCUUCAAUUUGCUCAUGAAAUAAUUAUUUUACAAGGCUUCAGUAAUGGAAGUCUUUCUUCUAAAGUGAAUUAUUUCCUGGGUAGUGAUUCAUAUCCAACUGCAGUGUCUAUUGCUGAUUUGAAUAACGAUCAUUUCUUAGAUAUUGUUGUUGCAAGUUAUUCAGAGGAAAGUUUAUAUAUAUUUCAAGGAUAUGGAGAUGGAACUUUUGUCAAUGAUGUUAUUUUAUCAACUGGAUUUAAUUCACUUCCACGAUCACUCGUUAUUGUUGAUUUCAAUAAAGACAACUUGAAAGAUAUCGCUGUUGCGAAUUCUGGUUCAGAUAAUAUUCGAAUAUUCUUUGGUGAUACUGAUGGAAGUUUUUCUGAUGAAAUAACUCUUUUGACUGGAAUUGAUUCUAGUCCAUAUGCAAUUUCUAUUUCGGAUUUUAACAAUGACAAUCAGUUGGAUAUUGUCGUUGCUAAUUAUGGUUCAAAUACAUUAGGAAUUCUUCUUGGAUGUAAUGGUAAAACAUUUUUUGGCCAAAUCAUUUAUUCAACCGGUGAUUUUUCUCAACCCUACGACAUCGCUAUUGGCGAUGUUAAUAAUGAUCAAUAUCUGGAUGUUCUUAUUGUUAAUUUUGGGACUGAUAAUAUUGGAGUAUUUUUGGGAUAUAUCAUGGAAGAUUUCAUUGGUGUUCCAUCUGAUUCUAUUGGAUCAUCAGGAUCACAAUUGACAUCUCUUGCAAGUGGAGAUUGGAAUAAUGAUACAAAAUUAGAUGUUGUUGUUACUGAUAAUUCGACCAACACUAUAAGAAUCUUAUUUGGAUCAGGUUAUGGAACUUUUAGUAAUGAAACAAUCUAUUUAACUGGUAAUAAUUCUCAUCCGACAUCUGUUGUUGUUUCUGAUCUAAAUAAUGAUCAUUUCUUGGAUAUUAUUGUAACAAAUUCUGGUACAAAUAAUCUUGGAAUUUUCUUUGGAAAUGCAAAUGGAACAUUUCAAAAUCAACUGACAUAUUUUACUGGUGUUGGUUCACAACCGAUUUCUGUUGUUAUUUUAGAUUUGAAUAAUGAUACUCAUCGAGAUAUUGCUGUGACCAAUUAUGGUUCAAGUAAUAUUGAAAUCUUUUUCGGAAAUGGUAACGGAAGUUUUAGUAAUGAUCUCAUGUUUAAUACUGGUUAUCGUUCACAUCCAUAUUCACUCAAUAUUGGAGAUAUCAACGAUGAUCAUUUCACGGACAUUGUGGCAACUAAUGAUGAAUAUGGAAAUAUAAAUAUCAUCAUGAAAACUUGUUAG